AUGUCAUCAUUUCCAGAUCCUUUGCUUGGCGCUGGUGCUACAGACCGCAAGAUCAUCGUGGCCAUCGACUAUGGCACCACAUACACAGGAGUUAGCUAUGUCGGCUCUAAAGCAUCAGAGUUGAAGGACAUCACAGUGAUCGAUGGAUGGCCAGGGAGUAGGCAGAACACUAGUUAUGUAUUGAAAGUUCCCUCCCGAAUUGCAUAUGCGGCCGAGAACGAGCGAACCAUUGCGGAUCUUUGGGGUUUCCAAGUUCAGCCUGGCAUGUCGGCAUGCUCUUGGACAAAGCUACUGCUAGAUGAGAAUACGUCCUUGACAGAAUUUGAUGAUAGGUCUCUCGACGAGGCUUCUGGAGCAGGGAUUCUACGCCUGCCAGCCGGCAAGACAGCGGUGGAUGUUGUGGCCGACUACUUGACCUACAUCUACAAGCAUAUCAUGUACACACUUGCCAGACACAUGACGCCUCCGGACCUUGCUAUUACUCCAAUAGAAUUCUGGUUCACUGUGCCGGCAAUCUGGUCCGAUCAGGCAAAAGAUGUCACUCGGACAGCCGCUCGAAGGGCAGGUUUUGCAUCUAGCCGGGACAGACCCUGCGAUCGACUGUUUUUUAUCAGCGAGCCCGAAGCGGCGGCAAUUACGGCACUUACGAAAGACGGCAUUGAAGGGGUCGGGGCCUCGGUCAAGGCCGGAGAUGGUGUCCUCGUUUGUGACUGUGGCGGUGGAACAGUGGAUAUUACAGCCUACGUUGUCGAGAACGUUUUCCCAGCUGUCACGUUCCACGAACUGCUGACUGGCAUUGGGGGUAAAUGCGGGUCUACCGCGAUCGAUCGUAACUUGUACAAGCUCAUGUCGCACCGAUUUGGCAGAGCAUUCGACAAUCUUCCCACGUCUGUCAAAGGCCCCGGCAGUAAAUUCAUGAACGCUUUUGAGAAUGUCAAGAGAGACUUCGGGAUCUCCUCUUCGUUCAGCAUAGAAGAGUUGCCUCUGAACAUGACCUUGACGAACGGAACUCCAACAGAAUACUACGACGCAGAAGAGCGGUUGGUCAAGAUAACCAGUGGGGACUUGAGCGCGCUCUUCGAUCCUGUUGUCAAUCAAGUCAUCACCCUGAUACAGCGUCAGAUCACGGAUGCGCGAAACCUCCGUGGUAGAGGGAUUAUCAAUAGAAUCAUACUCGUGGGUGGAUUUGGUAACUCGGAAUACCUUCAAAAGGCUAUCAAGUCCACCUUCGCGACGACCGGUGAGAUUGCGGUGACGAAUCCGACCGAUCCGCAAGCAGCUAUUGUUCAAGGUGCCGCUCUCCGCGGUUUAGAGGGUAUCAGACCAAGCACCAAGCGGUGCCGUCGUCACUAUGGCUUUGCCCGAGGUAUACCAUUCCGCGAGGGCCAUGAUGACGAAAAGAAUUCCUACAUUGAUGCGUUUGAUGGCAUAAAACGGGUUGGGGGUAUUGUGAAGUGGAUGAUCGCUAAGGGUGAAAGCUAUGCUGAGAACUAUAAGCAAACUGCGUACGUUCACUGGACGCACUGGAGCUGUGAAUCCCUGAAGAAACACAGCAAUUUCUACGCCUACGAUGAGAUGCUUGCUCCGGAAAGGAAGGAUGAUGUUGGCGUCUACAGGGUUGGCCGCAUCAUAGUUGACUUUUCUCAAGUCGACCUAUCCCGGUUUCCAGUCAAGGAGAAGGACGGUGACAAAGUCUACAAGUUGGAAUACAAUAUCAGGGUGACAUUUGGUGCGCGGGAUGGAUUGUUGAAGUUUGAGGCAAUCAGCCAGGGGAAGACCAUUGGGGAAACGAGCAUCGAGUUCACAACAAACUAG